CGAAGAAGCAAAAUCAAAAGAAGAAGAAGAAGAAGACGAUGAAGUAGAAUACGCAGACGAAGAAGAAGACAAAGCAAAAGAAGAAGCAGAAUACGAAGAAGACAACGAUGACGACGAAGAAGCAAAAGAAGAACACGGCGAAGAAUACGACGAAGAAGCAGAAGAAGAAGACGACAAAGAAGAUGACGAAGAAGCAAAAGAAGAAGACGACGAACCAGAAGACGAAGAAGACGACGAAGAAGCAUAAGCACGCGAAGCAGACGAAGAAGCAGAAGCAAAUGAAGCCGACGAAGAAGCAGAAGCAGAUGAAGCAAAAAAAGAAGAAGAAGACGACGAAGAAGCAGACGAAAAAGAAACAGAAGAAGACGACGAAGAAGCAGAAGCAGAAGCUGAAGCUGAAGCUGAAGCUGAAGAAGAAGAAGAAGCACCAGAAGCAGAAGCAGAAGAAGAAGCAGAAGCAGAACCAGCAGAAGAAGCAGAAGCAAAAGCAAAAGCAAAAGCAAAAAGCAGAAGCAGCAGAAGAAGCAGCAGCAGAAGCAGCAGAAGCAGCAGCAGACGAAGCAAAACCAGCAGAAGCAGCAGCAGACGAAGCAAAACCACCAGAAGCAGCAGAAGCAGCAAACGCAGCAAAAGCAGCAGCAAAAGCAAAAUCAGAAGCAGAAGCAGUAGCAGAAGCAGAAGAAGCAGCAGCAGCAGCAGAAGCAGAAGCAGACAAAGAAGCAGGAGCAGAAGAAGCAGGAGCAGCAGAAGAAGGAGAAGGAGAAGCAGGAGAAGGAGAAGCAGGAGAAGGAGAAGCAGGAAUAGCAGAAGAAGAAGAAGCAGGAGCAGAAGCAGAAGCAGAAGAAGAGAAGGAGAAGCAGAUUGUUGUUGAACACCACCCAAAGACAUCUUGCUAUUGUUUGAGAGCGGGAGAGUUUUAUUCCCUCUCCCGCCGGUACGACCAUGAGCGUUUGUUUUUAGCUCUGGUCAAGCAAACAGACGCUGCACCUGUUUCCUGUCCUCCGGAAGUACAGCAAAUUGUGGAUCAGUAUGCUGAUCUGAUGCAGGAGCCCUCUGGUUUGCCCAACCAGCCAACCAAGCAUCACAUCGAGUUGCUACCUGGAGCGGUCCCUCCCAAGGGCCGCAUCUACAGGAUGUCCCCUGCUGAGUUUGAGGAGCUAAGAAAGCAGACCCUGACCAACAAAGGUUGGAUAUGGCCGAGCACAUCUGAGUUCCGCGCGCCAGUGCUCUUCGUCCCGAAAGGGAAUGGAGAGUUCAGGAUGUGCAUUGACUACCAGGGACUCAACAAGAUCACCGAAAAACGUACAGAGCCUAUUCCUAGGAUCGAUGACCUGCUGGAUAUGGUAAAGGGCUGCACAGUGUUCAGCAAAUCUGGCUAUCACCAGAUUGAGAUGGCAGAGGAGGAUGUCUACAAGACAGCCUUCAAAACCAGAUAUGGUACUUAUGAAUAUCUGGUUAUUCCAUUUGGACUUUGCAAUGCCCCAGGUACCUUCCAGACUGAGAUGCACCGCAUCUUCCGGCCUUACCUGGACAAGUUCAUGGUCGUCUACCUAGAUGAUAUUUUGGUAUUCAGCCGAACUGCCAGGGAGCAUGUGGAGCAUCUGGCUCUGGUUCUUCAGUCGUUACGUGACAGCCAGUAUAAGAUCAACAGAGAGAAGUCCUCUUUUGGAGUUCCCUCUGUCAUCUAUCUGGGUCAUGUAAUCUCUGGAGAUGGGCUGACCCUUGAAGUAGCCAAAAUUGAUGCUAUUCAGGAGUGGCCCCAACCACAGACAGUGAGGGAUGUCAGGUCCUUCAUGGGUUUGGCUUCGUACUACAGGAAGUUUGUCAGGAACUUUUCUGCGGUGGCCGCACCCCUGACUAACCUAACAAAGAAAGACACUCCUUUUCUUUGGUCCCUCCCCUGUCAGUUGGCCUUCACACUACUCAAGAAGGCCUUCACUCGUGCACCAGUGCUGAAGUUGUCUGACGCCACUUUGCCAUUUAUCCUGACCACUGAUGCCAGUCGGUAUGGCAUUGGGGCAGUUCUUCAGCACGAUGAUGGGAAUGGUCUACAUCAUGUAGAGUUCAUGAGCAAGAAGAUGAAGACUCAUAAGUUUCCGAACUCUACCUACGAGAAAGAGUUGUAUGCUCUUGUCUGUGCACUGAAGCAUUGGAAGCACUUUCUCCUGGGAAGGCACUUCAAGAUCUUUUAUGUUCCACGCUACAGUGGAUGAAGUCCCAAGGAGAGUUAAAUGAUAAACUAGCACGGUACAU